AUCCUAUCUCUAUCCUUUUUCCAUUAUUUGCUCUCUUUGUCUAUACUUGUUCGAUUCAAACUUUAAUUUUACUGCUUCAGUACAUGAAUUCAAUUGUUUACAACUUUUUAUGGCUAUAUACGAUAUAUUUUAAAAGUGACUAGUUACUAUUGAUCAUAAAUAAGCGACUUGUUUUUUUUGUGCAAAAACAUCUACGUGUUUGUGCAAUUAAUUUUAGAAAAAAGUAGUGUCGUCUCUAAAUUUGCAAACUGAUCAUUCAUAUCAUAACCUCUACGACUAUAUUAUUUAAAUAUAUAAGUACGCAACAAAAAAAUUAAAGAAAAAAAAAAUUUUCGUUAGAAUGGUGAAAAUAGCAUUACAGAUGAAAGCUACAUUGGAAAAUAUAGGAGAAUUAAAACCAUCGGGAGCAGAAUUCAGAUGGUAUCUCAAGUUCACUUGCUGCAAUUGUGGCGAAACAUCAGAAAAAUGGAAUUAUGUGUCUUUGAACGAAUCCACUCCAGCUCAAAGAGGAAAUGCAGUGAAUCAUUUUAUUAGUAAAUGUAAACUUUGUUCUCGUGAAAAUUCCAUGAGUAUCUUGGAAGAUUCCAUUAAAUCAUUUAUCGCGAAUGAUCAAGACAAGUUUCAAACAAUAGUUAUAUUUGAUUGUCGAGGCAUUGAGCCCAGUGACUUUUCGGCAAGGGAAGGUUGGAUUGCCAAAACUAUCAAUGGCAAAGAAUUUACAGAUGUUGAUUUAACUGAAGGAGAAUGGGUCGAUUACUGUGAUAAGAUUAAAGAACCUGUUGGAAUUUAUGAAAUUGAACACAAGUUUGAAAGAAUGAAGUAAUAAGUAUUUAAAUGAAAAAUUUACAAUGAAAGUGUCAAACGCAUUAAUUUUUUAUUUUAAUCUAUCCACAUAAUACGAUGUUAUAUGUCUGCAUUAAAAUUUUUCUUUACGUUUU